AUGCCAUGUGCUUGCUCCUGCAUCACUGCAACUGCUUUGGAGAUAGGACGAGGACCUUGCAGACAUAUCGAGCAGACGGUCGAUGAAGUCGAGACUCAAGAGAGCCGGUUCGGAGGGGAAAGAAACCAAACUGUUGAAAGCUUUGGUCAUGCAGCUGUGGCAGCUUUGGUCGUGGUUCGUUUCUUUCCCGACGAGCAAAGUUUCCUUUUGGCGCCGUAA